GGACGCCCCCUACGCAAGUCACGUCCAGGGAUCCCCCGCCAAGUACGGUCGAGCAGCAGCGGGCUAUUGGAUGGACGUUCCUGGCCUUCCCCCUUUGCGGCAGCCCUGGAUCCGACUUUGUGAGGGCAGAAGAGGUACCCAGUCUGGAAGGAUAGCAGUGCGUAGCCACCGAGAGCGCUCGUCAAGGUACUUUCCAGGCCUCCCGUCCUGCCGACCUAUCUCAAGGUACCUGACGGCUGCGGGAUGCCUACCAAGGCCCAUAUGGAGUGAGAGGGAGCUCAAACUGCGGUAAGGGGAUACGCAACCCCCCAAGAGAACCCGCACCGUUGAAGGGAAAAGCCACGGUGAGAAAAGGUAAGAAAGGUACCGUCGUAGAGAGGUAUCUAAGUCGUCAGCCUGCCGCAACGCAACGCACCCUUUCACUUACACAAUCUCCCCUUCUCUUCUUCCCUGCCCUACCUUACUUGACAUACCGUACUUCCUCCACACACUCUCUCUUUUCGCAUCUACAACCUCUGGUCAUUACUUUAUUUUCAAAGUGCGUUUGGCCUGUUGAUCAGAGGUUGCUCGAAAUGCCUGUGCCAAUCGCCGCCAAAGCCGGCAUUAUUGCUGUGUCUGUUGCCGUUGCAGCUGCUAUUGCCAUCUACGAGUCGCCGGAACUUCAGCGAUAUGCCAACGAUGUCCGGAGACGCAUCGCCAUGGCCUUACACUCUUUGGGCGAGGGUUUCGAGCCCAACGACCGCCCGCCCAUGUUCAACCGACCCGAGGACGCCCAGGGUUUCCUAGAGUCCCGUGGAGGGGCUGAAGCCGGAGUCGACGCCGAUGACGAGACACGCCGCCGCCAGCGCGAGGAGAUUUUGUACUGGAAUGCCGUGGCCUUGGCCAAAAAAGAGAAGGAGAGAAUCGAAGCUGAAGAAUCCGGAUCGCGGGAGCUGCCGCCACCAGGCCCAGCGCGGGGCAGAUCUUUCGAUGACUUUUUGCACGAGGACAAGAGUGGCGAGAAGGGAUCCUUCGUUUACAACACGGGCGCAACCACCUACAACGACGAGGGGCUUAUUCGACGCCGUCCCGAGGGUGUCCGCGGCCUCAACGCUUCGCUCUACGCCAACCCUUUCGCCGACGAGCACCAGAUCGAUCAGGAAGAUUUGCCAGUCAUGGAAGAGCCCAGCUCCCUGUCCCCCGCCCACGACGAGGCCGUGUCAGACAUUUACAGCGCCACCACCCGCGACGCCGACGAACGCCCCCGAGACAUUGCCGCCACCAUUGCCCAAAUGCCCCCUCUGGUCGAUGUCUCUGAAACUUCAUCCCAAUCUGAAAAGUCCACGACGCUCGACCGCGAGCUCGGUGCCGACGAGUACAUGACUGCUGGCCAAGAGAACCGCGAAGAAGCCUACGCCUCCAUUCAAGCCUGGGCACAAGGGUCCAGCCCCUCCAACUUUUACUCACCGCUUCCCAUGUCGCCUCCCGUACCCAUGUCCGAACCCGAGCUUGUUAGCGAAGGUGAACUCACCCCCACCGACUCGGCCUCCCUCGCUGGCUCCGGCGAGGACGUCGCCAACGAUGCCGCUUCGUCUAGAGCCGGCGACAACAGCCGCUACUACGAUGUGCUGAGUGAGAGCGAGGGUAUGAUGACUCCCGCUAGCUGGUCCGAGGUUGGAAGCGUUGUCAGCGAGAGCGAGACUCGCAGCGAAACUGCGCAGGCCCGUGUCCACGCAUAAGCGCGGUGUCUCUUCAACUUUUCUUUGGUACAUCACAAUUGAUUCAGUCAGCUCGCUCAAGCACGGCGACGGAAAUAGCAGGGAAAGGCGCAAAAGGAUCAACAGGACUGGGAAACAGAGCACGCAUAGAUUUCGGGCGGAUAGGCACA